ACAACCAUCACCAAGUGUUUCCUUGACGGAGCAAAAACGCGUUUUCCUCCAUCCAUCUGCACCAGAGGAAAUAACAAUUGUAGAUCACCACUAACCCGAAUACAUUUAGUAGUUUAGUUUCACACGCAGUGUGAUUUGUUUAUUUAUUUUUUUCCUAUCUGGUUGAAUUUCCUCUGAAAUGGAAUUAAGAUGUCGUCCCACGGUGAUGUAUUGCUUUCUCGCCGUCCUCUCUUCCGUGCUUCCACGCUCCGUGCAGGGCUCGCCUUACGUGGACAGGCAAUAUUUAAACGAGUGGGCCGUCGAGAUCCCGGGUGGAGUGGAUGCCGCGGCGGAGAUCGCCCGGGAGUUGGACUACCAACUGGUCCGACAGAUUGGGGCCCUGAAGGACCAUUUCUUGUUCAGACAUCGCAAACAACCCCGCAGAAUGAAGAGAAGUGCCACGCUCGUCACCAGGCAGCUGUCGGAGGAUGAUCGGGUGGUGUGGGCAGAGCAGCAGUAUGAGAAACAGCGCAGCAAGCGGGCAUCCCUCGGGCAGUGCAGGAACUGCCCAGCGGACAAGCUGUUUGAUGAUCCCAUGUGGAACCAGCAGUGGUACCUGCAAGACACACGCACGUCGUCUUCCCUGCCAAAACUGGACCUGCACGUCAUCCCAGUGUGGCAGAAGGGGAUCACGGGCAAAGGAGUGGUCAUCACUGUUCUGGAUGACGGGCUGGAGUGGAACCACACAGACAUCUACUCCAACUACGAUGCAGCAGCCAGUUACGACUUCAAUGACAACGACCCUGACCCGUUCCCCAGAUAUGACGCCACCAAUGAAAACAAGCAUGGGACCAGGUGUGCUGGUGAGAUCGCCAUGCAAGCAGACAACAAUAAAUGUGGUGUUGGGGUGGCCUUCAAUUCCAAAGUUGGAGGCAUUCGUAUGCUGGAUGGGAUUGUGACGGAUGCCAUUGAGGCCAGCUCUAUUGGCUUCAAUCCAGAGCAUGUGGACAUCUACAGUGCUAGCUGGGGACCCAAUGAUGAUGGCAAAACUGUCGAAGGUCCAGGUCGUCUGGCUCAGAAAGCCUUCGAGUACGGCAUCCAGAAGGGCCGAGGUGGCAAGGGCUCAAUCUUUGUUUGGGCAUCAGGUAACGGUUGCCGCCAGGGGGAUAACUGUGACUGUGAUGGCUACACAGACAGCAUCUACACUAUCUCAAUCAGCAGCGCCUCCCAGCAGGGCUUGUCUCCAUGGUACGCUGAGAAGUGCUCUUCCACUCUGGCUACAGCGUACAGCAGUGGAGACUACACUGACCAAAGGAUUACCAGCGCUGAUCUACACAAUGAGUGCACUCAGACUCACACCGGAACGUCAGCCUCCGCCCCGCUAGCUGCUGGAAUAUUUGCCCUAGCACUGGAGCAAAAUCCAGAUCUCACCUGGAGAGACCUGCAGCACAUUGUGGUCUGGACGUCUGAGUUCGAUCCCUUGGCGAAUAAUCCUGGCUGGAAAAGGAAUGGAGCGGGACUGAUGGUCAACAGCCGCUUCGGUUUUGGUCUUCUCAAUGCCAAAGCCCUGGUUGACCUCGCUGACCCUGCAACAUGGAAGCAUGUGCCAGACAAAAAGCAAUGCAUCGUGAGGGAUGACUCUUUCCAGCCCAGGGAUUUGAAAGCAGCAGGGGAGACCACCAUAGAGAUUCCAACUAAAGCCUGCGCAGGGCAGGAGAAUUCCAUUGGCUCACUGGAACAUGUGCAGGUGGAGGCCAGCAUUGAAUACACCAGAAGAGGCGAUCUGCAUAUCACACUUACCUCGCCAGCUGACACCAGCACUGUGCUGCUCGCUGAGCGUGAGCGUGACACGUCCUCCAAUGGUUUUAGAAACUGGGAUUUCAUGUCAGUCCAUACAUGGGGUGAAGACCCUUCUGGUACUUGGACCCUUAAGAUCACUGACACUUCGGGCCGUAUGGAGAACGAGGGUCGGAUCUUGAACUGGAAGUUGAUUCUCCACGGAACAUCUGAGAAGCCGGAGCACAUGAAGAAGCCUCGAGUGUACAUUCCCUACAAUGCUGUGCAGAAUGACCGCCGUGGUGUGGAACAUAUGGAUGACAUGAUGGAGGAGCCCACUGAGGCCCAUCCACCUCUGAAGACUAAAACACAAGCCUUAGUUCCUUCUGAUAUUGAAAAGAAACCCCAAAAGCCAGCCAACCCCCACUACUCCCCCACACAGGCUUUGCUGCGUCUCCUGCAGACAGCCUUUAACAGGCAAAGCCCCAGCGUCCAGCGGCCCCAAUCAGCCUGGGGGAGGCAGCAGCCUGCAAGAAUGUCCUCCUUCCUGGCAACAAAAACCCCCCCACAGAAGCUGUACCAAGCUCUGGACAUGAUCAACAAGUACGGUGGCCCUGGGCACAGUGUCUACAGUGACUAUAGCGAUGGCUUCUACAGCACCAAGCCAUACAGGCACAGAGAUGAUCGCCUUCUGCAGGCCCUUUUUCAGCUCAUCGAUAAUGACCAGAAAUGAGAGAGAGAGAUAGAGAGAGAGAGAGAGAGAGAGAAAGAAAGAGAGAGAGAAAGAGAGAGAGAGAAUACACUGGAAAAAAGUACCUAAUUUGGCCAUGUACAUCGGUUGCACAUGAUUACAAUGAGGUAAACUGACAUCAUUUUCCUAUAUUCGCCGUAAAAAGAAUAGAAUAAUAAGUUAGUUGAACACAUUUUAAUAUGUUAAUAGUAGGCAACCAAUGUACAUGCUCAACUUAAGUAUAUUCAAAGGACUUUUUUCAGUCUACAACAUUUGCUUGUGUGUUGGUUGGGGAGAAGAGGAAAAGGGCAAAAGUUAAAAGGAGAAGAAAAUUGUGAAUACAAGAAAGAGAUCUCACAGGUGUUUUAUUUGGUUCUGUGUUGUCCCCCAAAUGCUGCAUAUCUAAUCUUACUUUCAUUUAAUGAAUUCGUUAAGUAUUUUAUUCAUUGAUCCAUUUGGUUCAUUCAUCAUCGAACAACAUCCCUUCUACAAAUUACAGGAGAUCGCUCACUUAUAAAAUCUCGGCAGUAAUUUUAGUUUCUCAACUCUACUGUCUACUCAAGAAUGUCAAACUGAUUGCAAUAUAUAUUUUCUAAUUUAAAUUCAUUUUUUCCAUUUUUAAUUAUAUAUAUUAUAUAUUAUGUAUAACAUUAUAGAAAAAGUCAUUAAAAAAGUCAUCGGCCGCCACUAGCUUUUUGUUUUAAUGACCUUUUUCACGCCACUCAUUUUAAAAUAGUAAAAUGAGAAACAUGAGGACAGCUGCUAAUUAGAUUAUCCAAAAAACAGAAAACAAUUUCCACAGAACUUACAAGUAAGGUUGCAAAUGGGCCAUUCAAACUUGUUUAAUUUUGGUGAUGAUCUUAAUUAAAGGACACAGGAAUUUAUUUGGGCAUCAAUGGAACUGUCUACCCCCCGCCCAACCCCCAAAAUCAGAAUGUAACCAGUCUGUCUGUUAAUAAACCUUGCUAACUAAUAGAUACAGAAAGACAACAACAACAGACUUAAUGGUGGCACAAGACUUUCGCACAGUACUGUGCCUAUUGUGCAUUUCACAAUCAAAUAUUCACUCCAGGGGGCAGCUACAUUUUUAAAAAAUAGUGAGCAUUAAACAAAUUCAGCUUAUUUAAAAUAUAUCCUGCCCAGCUCAGUGAAGUUUUAAACUUUGGUACCAGUGUUUCUCAGGGUUUCUACAAACCUCUCUCUAACUUUAGGUAUGCUACACAUACAUACUGAACUAUGUGAAGGAUCGUAACACCAUUGAAACAAGCGCCCCCCGCACCUCCCCCCCACCACCACCUUCCCUUCUCCCUGCAUGAUAGGAAAAAUUUA